UGUUUUUUUGUAAACAACUGCCAGCAGCAGCACCCCCCAGGCGGCGUUACGUCAAGUUGAUAAAGUGGAGGAAAAUUGUCGCCGUCUACAGACAAUGAAUAUCAGGAGUAACCCUCCCAAAAAGGAGGGAAAGAUGCGUAUACGCGCUUUCCCGGCCUCCAUGGACGAGAAGUAUGUCGAAACAAUAUGGGCCAGCUUAAAGAAUGCCAUACAGGAAAUUCAAAAGAAAAACAAUUCCGGUCUAUCAUUUGAACAAUUAUAUCGUAAUGCCUAUAAUAUGGUCUUACAUAAAUAUGGACAUCGUUUGUAUUUCGGUUUGCGUGAAGUGGUCAAGGAACAUCUCGAAGAGAAGGUGCGCAAAGAUGUCCUCGAAAGUUUACAUAAUAAUUUUUUGCCAAAAUUGAAUCAAGCCUGGACUGAUCAUCAGACAUCAAUGGUAAUGAUACGCGACAUCUUAAUGUAUAUGGAUCGUGUCUAUGUGCAGAAUCGGGAAGUGGAAAAUGUCUAUAAUUUGGGUCUAAUAUUAUUUAGGGAUGAGAUUGUUCGCUAUUCGGAAAUCCAGAAAGCUUUGCGUGAAACCCUUUUGAAUAUGGUCAUGGAUGAACGCAGCGGCGAGGCCAUAAAUCAUUUGGCCAUUAAAAAUGCUUGCCAAAUGUUAAUGGCCUUGGGUAUAAACUCCCGUUCGGUCUAUGAGGAUGAUUUUGAGAAACCCUUCUUGGCACAAUCGGCUUCGUUCUAUAAAUUUGAAUCACAAAAGUUUUUGGCUGAAAACAAUGCCAGUGUCUAUCUAAGGAAGGUGGAGCAACGCAUCAUGGAAGAAUCCUCACGGGCCGCCCUCUACUUAGACAAAGACACCGAACCGCGUAUCGUCAAAGUUGUCGAAGAUGAACUGAUCAAGAAACACAUGCGAACCAUUGUCGAAAUGGAAAAUUCCGGUGUCGUUUAUAUGAUCAAAAAUUCCAAAACCGAAGAUUUGGCAUGUACAUAUAAAUUAUUUUCACGCCUCAAAGACGAGGGUCUGAAAGUUAUUGCCGACACAAUGUCGGCCUAUUUGCGUGAACAGGGCCGUAUGCUGGUCAAGGAGGAGGAGAAUGGCAACACAAAUCCCAUAACAUUUGUUCAAAAUCUUUUGGAUCUGAAAGAUCGUUUCGAUCAAUUUCUGCAUCAUUCGUUCAAUAACGAUCGGCUAUUUAAGAAUGUCAUAUCGUCUGAUUUUGAGCAUUUCCUUAAUUUGAAUUCCAAAUCACCGGAAUAUUUGUCGCUAUUCAUUGAUGACAAACUGAAGAAGGGUGGCAAAGGAAUGAGCGAACAGGAAAUUGAAGUUAUCUUGGAUAAGACCAUGGUUUUGUUUAGAUUCCUGCUGGAGAAGGAUGUCUUCGAGCGAUACUACAAAACUCAUUUGGCCAAGAGAUUGCUGCUCAAUAAAUCGGUAUCUGAUGAUUUUGAAAAGAAUAUGAUUUCAAAAUUGAAGACUGAGUGUGGCUGUCAAUUCACAUCUAAAUUGGAGGGAAUGUUCAAGGAUAUGUCUAUAUCGAAUACCACCAAUGAGGAGUUCAAAACCUAUAUAACCAAUCACAACAUUAAUUUGACUGUAGAAUUUACAUGUAGAAUAUUAACUACAGGAUUUUGGCCCACACAGACUUCAACGCCCAAUUGUAAUAUACCAGCUGCUCCCAGAGAAGCCUAUGAAAUAUUUAAGAAAUUCUAUUUGGAUAAACAUUCAGGACGUCAAUUGACUCUGCAACCACAAUUGGGCAAUGCUUGUCUAAAUGCUGUCUUCUAUGGACGUAAACCAACGGAAAAUGCCAAUGCCGCCGCCGCAGCCGCCUCUGCUGCUGCUGAUAAAGAAGCUCCCAGUUCAAGUAUGUCCUCAUCGACAAGUGCGACAGCUUGUGCAAUACCCACAACAACACGUAAACACAUUUUGACGGUGUCGACGUAUCAGAUGUGCAUAUUGAUGCUAUUCAAUAAUCGCGAAGUUAUGACAUAUGAGGAAAUUCUACAGGAAACUGAUAUACCCGAACGUGAACUGCAGCGUGCUAUUCAAUCGCUAUCGAUGGGUAAACCCUCACAACGUUUGCUGGUGCGAAAUUCUAAAACAAAAACUAAAGAUAUCGAUCCAUCGGAUGAAUUUCUGGUGAACGAUGCCUUCGUUUCGAAAUUCCACAGAGUUAAAAUUCAAACUGUGGCCGCUAAAGCCGAUACCGAGCCAGAACGCAAAGAAACACGCGGCAAAGUUGAUGAGGAUCGUAAACAUGAAAUUGAGGCGGCGAUUGUUCGUAUUAUGAAGGCUAGAAAGCGUAUGCCGCACAACUUACUGGUGUCCGAUGUUACAUCACAAUUGAAAUCAAGAUUCCUACCCUCACCGGUACUGAUUAAGAAACGAAUAGAAGGUCUUAUCGAACGGGAAUAUUUGGCUAGAACGCCAGAUGAUCGCAAGGUUUACGUUUAUCUAGCUUAAGUGUCAAAACAUGUGGAUCAGAAGAUGAAGAUG